AUGGAAACCAAGGCACCCACGCAGCAGAAGAGGGCCAGAAGGAUCGAGGGGCGGGUUGCCAUCGCGUGCAACCAUUGUCGCAAUCAGCAUCUGCGAUGCGACGCCAUCGUGCCGACGUGCUCCAGAUGCCGCAACUUACGAAAGACGUGCGUCUACACGGAUCUGCGGCGUAGUCGCCGGAGGCGUAACAGCGUCGAGAAGCCGACGCCUUCAGGGCAUCGCCGUGAUGCAAUCAAUGCGGCCAGAGACUCUCCGGCACUUAUUCUGCAGAGCCCGGCCUUUGAGGCGGCCCAUUCACCAGUGACGCCGUUUGUAGCGUGCACCCAUGCUCUUCCUCCCGCUGUGUUGGUGGACAGCCACCUACUGACAAGCAGACCGGUCGACGCCUUCUACAAGUUCUUCUUUCCUGGCCAUCCCUUUGUUCUGCCGAGGGAGCAUUUGAUGAGUCGGUCAGAGAGGACUACGGAUGUAAGCUACGGACUCGCCCUGAUCAUUGCCUUCAUUGGCUCGAAAUACACGCACGAUUCACUAUCAAGUGAGUAUAGGCAGGGCGCUGAGCGCGCGUUGAGCGAGCAGCUGGUGCCCAAUGGCUUCAAUGUUCAAGCUCUAAUGCUACUUGCCCUUACCUUGGAAUGGUCGGGUGAGAAUGAGAGAGCGGCGGCAAUCCUGGAACAAGCAAAGGCCUUGGGCCUAGAAGCCGGCAUGCAGAAUCGAAAUUUCGCUGCUGACCACGGCUGCGGGGACAAAGUGCUGGAGGAAAGCUGGCGGAGAACUUGGUGGGAGCUCUAUGUUACCGAUGCACUCUUCGCCGGCAUCCGCCAUUUGCCGACCUUCACACUCUGGCAAGUGGACGCGGAUGUUGAUAUGCCUUGUGAGGAAGAGCAAUACAUUGAAGGAGUGAUUCCCCUGCCACGAACGCUGGCCGAAUAUGAUGAUCGUGGCUUCGACGAAGACGACGUGGGCUUUUCUUCCUACGCGUAUCUUAUUGACACCGCUCGCAUCCUUGGGACAGCCUUGGCCGCAGGUGACAUUGCCAACAAAUCCGCUUAUUCUUUAGUGAAGAGCGCCGAGGCAAACCUCAUGAGCUGGGAGUUGCAUUUACCACGCUCCAAACGCGACCCUGUUCGAUCCGAUGGAACUGUUGAUGAAAUACUCUUCAAAGCCCACAUGGUAUUCAAUACGUGA